ACACCAGUUCUUCUAUAUACAUAGACCAGAGUAUCAGACACCAGUUCUUUGUGAAGGAACGCUUGAUGAAUAUAAAUUAAGAAUCAGGGACGAUGAAAUUCGACAGUGGUUCUAACCAUCCUCCAGCCCAGUAUCUGCCGGGGGGCCCUGGGUUGCUGUCUAUUCUUGCCCCCACCAACAGCUACGUGCACAGCUCCCCUUUGUUUCUUGAGAACGGGUUGCAUAGGAACACUGGAGAUCAUUUACUAGAAGAAGUUGAGAACCCUAAUGAUGACCCAAAAGUUAUCCUCGAGACAAUGGAGCUGUGGGAUGAGUUCCAUGAAUACGGAACAGAAAUGGUAAUCACCAAGUCCGGAAGGUUGGAAAAUUAUUUAUCUUUUCCGAUUGUCCAAAAAAUACUAAGUUUCUUGUUCAGCCGAUGGAUAGUGGCCGGAAAGGCCGAUACUGAGAUGCCGAAGAGGAUGUACAUCCACCCAGACAGCCCCGCCACCGGGGAGCAGUGGAUGCAGAAGGUCGUCUCCUUCCAUAAACUCAAGCUCACCAACAAUAUAUCAGAUAAACAAGGAUAUACAAUCUUGAACUCGAUGCACAAGUACCAGCCGAGGUUCCACUUGGUGAGGGCCAGCGACAUCUUGCAGCUCCCCUACUCUACCUUCAGAACCUUUGUGUUCAAGGAGACGGAGUUCAUUGGCGUCACAGCUUACCAGAAUGAAAAGAUCACUCAGUUGAAAAUUGACCACAAUCCCUUUGCCAAGGGUUUCCGUGAGCAAGGAGCAGGGAAAAGUUCAAAAAAAAAAAUGUCUCCAGAAAAACGACCUAAUUUUCAACAAAGAAAACAACCUGGAAAGAAAAGGCGGAAAAUGAUUGAGAUAGAGGAAGAUGCUGAUAUGUGUCCUAAACUCUCCCCGUCUCAACUCUUCUCCGCACCUGGAGACAAUCCAUCACUCUCCCACCACCUGGAGAACGGAGAGAAGAAUAUAUUCCCGAACCUUUACAGAAAUCAUCUUCUCCUCGCAAACUUUCAAGCUCUGCUCUCCGCUAACUCCAUGUUCUCCUCCAACCUGAACCCUGGGAUAAACUCUCCCUAUUCAUCCUUCUUAAAUCCAACCUCUCUUCUCUCCGCUCCUCCGUCCAUUCCUUUCCUAAAUCUUGGAGCAUUUAAUCCUUUACUCCAGGGAGGGUUAAACUCUUUGCUCCUCGGAGCUCUUGGAGCAGGAGUAUUUGGAUCAAGGCCCCAGGAAGAGGAAGAAAUAAAAAAAGAAAAAAUGGAGUCUGAGGGGGUUGGAUGGGACCCCCGAUUGGAAGAUAAAAGUCCAGAGAAGAAAAACCUUGAGAUGUCAAUCGAACACAAUCCAUCAGAAGAAAGAAAAUUUGAAAAAAGAGCAGAAUCAAUAAAUUUAGAAGCAGAAUUAUCGGAAUCAAAGACAGGACCAACGCAACCAGGAGCAGUAUCAAUGGAAACAGGAAAAGUAUCUUCGGAAUCAGAAACAUUAAGUUUGGAAACAACAACAGUAUCUUUGGAAACAGGAGUAAGGUCAAUAAACCAAGAAGUUGUCUCUGAACUUACCAAAAACCUAGGGAAUGCAGAAACCGGGUGGGGUUCCUCCCUACUGCACACAGCAUCGUCAUCAUCAUCUUUAGCAUCUUUCUCCUCUGAAACCUCUUCCCCGAUCAAAUCAACCUCCACAGAUGUAUCCAACUCUCCUUCCAUAUCCGCUCCAAAACCAGCAAAAUCUUCCCAAACCUUAGAACCAACCCGGAGUAGAGUAAACCUUUCAUCAACCCUCACUUGUAAACCUAUCCAGGAACUUAGAUCAGGACCUGAUCUCGGAGAAAACGUGGUUAAAUCUAUCCCUUCUCCGCCAAACCCUGUAUUUUCCGACACUACUCCGCCAAGGCCUGAUCUUUCCGCCCCUAUUCUGCCAAACACUGUUCUUUCCGCCCCUAUUCUGCCAAACACUGUUCUUUCCGCCCCUAUUCCACCUAACCCUGCUUCUUCCGUCCCUAAACCGCCGUAUGCAACAGAAAAACAUCAUCUAGUAGCAUUUUGAUUGAUUUGUGAAAUAACCAUUCUCGUUUUCAAUUGUCAAAGGGAACAAUCACGUGUUUUCUACAAAAGUAAAUCUCGGAAAGGUUUCUAAAUUGAUUUUGACUAUUUUUAUGCUAAUCCGGGUUUAUAAUGAAAAGUAAGCAUCAUGAUAAUUGGAAAUGAAAAAUUAAUUUUUGAAAAACUGACUGUAAAAUAUGGUAGGUGUUAGCGUUUACUAAAGUUCUAUUUAAGAUUCUAGUUUGGUAUAUUGUUCAGAAUCAGAGCUUAUUCCUUCAUUUUAAAUUUUGAGAAGAUAAAAAAAUUAUAAUUUUUCUUGAAACAAACUUAUGAAUUUAUCAAUUAUUUAAUUAUCUAAUUUCACAUUCCAAUUUAAUCCUUGUUUCUUAUCUAUACCUCUACAGAGGGUUUGCACAAAAAUCUGUAGUUUUGCCGAGUCCCUGCCGAGUCCCUUGAAAAUAAAUUGAGUCAUUGUCACAAACUCUAAUUUCCUAAUCCCUUUAUCUUUGCAACCUGGUGUA